AGCAGGGUAAGAGCACACAACACGAUGGCUUCUAAGAUCCAAUAUCUGUUUGUGCUUGUUUUAGCAUUUAUGAUCCCUUCAAAUGCAAAGCUAAGUCCUAAAUUCUAUAACAAAAUUUGUCCCCAGGCAUUGCCAAUCAUAAGAUCAGUGGUUCAUCGAGCCAUUAUUCGUGAACGUCGCAUUGGAGCAUCCUUGCUGCGUUUGCAUUUCCAUGACUGCUUUGUUAAUGGUUGUGAUGGAUCAGUUUUGCUGGAUGACACAAGGAACUUCACUGGAGAGAAGACAGCCCUACCAAAUCUGAAUUCAAUAAGAGGCUUCGAAGUGGUUGAUGAGAUUAAGGCAGCAGUUGACAAAGCUUGCAAACGACCUGUCGUAUCAUGUGCUGAUAUCUUAGCUACAGCUGCUCGUGAUUCUGUUGCCAUAUUAGGUGGUCGACUCCUAUGGUACCCAGUAUCACUAGGCAGAAGAGACUCUAGAACUGCAAGCAGGGACGCUGCAAACACCAACCUCCCUCCUCCAUUCUUCAGCUUCUCACAGCUUCUCUCCAACUUCGUCUCUCACGGACUUGGCCUCAAGGACCUCGUGGCACUCUCUGGUGGCCACACUCUAGGGUUCGCCAGGUGCACCACCUUCAGAAACCGCAUCUACAAUGACACCAACAUAAACCCUACCUUUGCAGCCUCUUUGCGCAAAACGUGCCCUAGAGUUGGCGACGACAACAACCUGGCUCCGUUGGACCAAACUCCUGCGAGGGUCGACACCUCUUACUUCAAGGAGUUGAUGUGCAAAAAGGGUGUCCUUCAUUCGGAUCAAGAACUGUACAAGGGGAAUGGAAGUGAAAGUGACAGGUUGGUGGAGCUAUAUAGCAGAAACCCUUUUGCGUUUGCGAAAGACUUUAAGGGUUCUAUGAUCAAGAUGGGGAACAUUAAGCCUCUCACUGGGAACAUGGGAGAGAUCAGACGCAAUUGCAGAAGAGUUAAUUAGUGUUGUUGUUGGAGUUACAAGGAUAUGGGCAACAUUAAUAAAGAUUAUUAAUUAAGAACGAGUGUUAAUUAUUAAUUUAUUGUAUGUCAAGCCCUGCAUGCAUGUAAUUUUUAACGGUCGGAGAUUGUGUUAUUUUGUAUUUUAUAUUUUAUUAAGAUUAAUGUGUUAGGUUCAGCUGAUGCUGAACCAAUUAAAUUCAAGUCUCAAAGAAAUCAGCUAAAGAAUAAAGGUCAGAUGAUGCAAAAAUUUGUACUUUUUGAAUGCAUGCACUAAGGGAAU